AACUGUCAUAUAGUGAUUGGUACAGUGCUGGUUGUCCAUCUUGAACUUCAGAUGUUUUUUUUUUGUUAUAAUUUUUUUAUUAUAAACGCCUUGCCUCUCAUAAUGCAAAGUUGCACUAAAGUAAGGUCAUGAAACUUACAUGUUCUAGUGUCUAACAGUAGCAUAAGAAGAUACUCCUCUAAUUGUUGAUGGGAGAUGCACUGAACAGGAUGAUCUGUAAGAUGUUAUAAAUAGUGUUUGGGUGCCACCAUUUGUUUACAGUAGAACUUCCUGCACAUUUAGAUGAGUUUUUGUCUUGACUGCUGCUAUCCACAGAAUAAUAAGGGAUGGUUUAUUUUUAUUUCGGAUCUCAAGAUUUAAUGUGACAAGACAUACCUAGAUUCUCAGGCCUGUUGCAUACAUCAAUUUUAUCCAUCUUUGCUUCCAUAUGAAGGAUUUGUUGAGCAAAUUUUAGCAGAAGUCUGUAUCAUAAGCUGGUACCAUCUCAGCUGUGGCAGCUACAAUGGGAUUUACAGUAUUUCUUUGAACAGCUUUCUAAGAUUUAUAACAACAAAUUGUUAUUGUCAUAUAAACAUGCCUGUUACUUGCUGCAAUGGUAAUGUACUUUUGAGGACAGGUGCUGACAUAGCUGACAGCUUAAAAACUGUUACAAAGUAAAAUGUGCCUUAUAGGUUACCACAUUAAAAUUGGAAAAGUAGAGGAAGAAAAAGCUUUUAAACCAACACUUUGGAAUGAGAAUUUACGUGAAGUUGGUAACCAUAAAAGAGCUAAACAGUGAAGUACACAGAAUAAAAAAGAAGGUGAAGCAUUUUGGCUAUUUUAACGCACGGUCUCCAAAAUCGUGCAACACUUAUUUCUUGUAUUGUUUUUGGUUGAUAUUCGGGAAGUGCCCGAUUCAAAUGUCUGCCAGUAUACCGUCCCCAUAAUAUCGUAUUUCUUAUUCGACCACGAAGAGCUCACAAUACUGUACCUCCAAAUUUGGAAGCACGCAUUUACUUCCGGCCAAUAUCGAUCUUAUACUUUGGACAAUUCGACUAAUGCAGAAUGCAUUACAGAAAACUCGUGUGAUGUAAAAUUUCAUCUAAACUCUCGUUGGUGUAUGAAAUGCAUUUUGUAAUUUACAGAUUACAUUGUUCUCACACUCACUUUGAAGUAGGCUACAAUGACGAAAGCAGUAAUUUUCAAUUUCGUUUCGAAAAAAGGACUUGCUAUAAUUGAAUAUCAGUGCUAGUGUGGCAGUCGAUCUCGCUACGAUAUCUGGUUCAGUCAUCUAUGUACCAUGACCGUGAUCACAUAGUGAACGAAGGCCGAACACGACUGCCAACUAGACUAUGGGAAUUGUUAAUUCAAAUUACCAACGUUACGUAAUGUUUUCAAGUCUGUAUAAAGUCUUAUUUUCUUUCCCAGCGGCAAUACCGUUUAUAGUUUUAAUGUAAAUUAUACCAACUAAAUGGGCAGCAUCUAACAUUUUCGUAGUGAUUUUAGUAUAUCGAUGUAUUGGGAAUUAUAAUAAUCGAUACAAUUCCCGACCAGAGAGUGCUGAAUAUCUGCUAAUUUAAUUCACAAUUAAGCGUUCAAAAUUAGAGUGUUUGAUAUGUGAAAUAACCAUAGAAUCAUGGACGUUUCUCCCAGUCACAAAUACAGUGGUUAUUGGAGCGUUGUUUCAAAAGCUGUGGAGCAAAUUCUUCAGAGCACUCUGGUGACAAGAGUGUCAUUUGAGCAGAUGUAUAGUAUUGUGUACAAGAGUGUAUGUGAUGGGUUUUCAGAAGAAAUGUAUCGUGACUUGCUAGGGCAGUGUAGUCGACAUCUGGAGCAAGUAGAUCACUCACUGUACUUAUGUAAGCAGGAGUCAGAUGAGCAACAGGAUGGUGACAUGGUCAAGUUUAUUAUGUCUUUCCACAAAGUUCUGGAGUCAUAUUUAUCAGCUGUCCAACAGAUCACGCCAAUUUUUGCAUAUAUGAAUAAGUUUUAUGUCGAAGUAAAGUUACAGACCUCAUUACAAGCACAGUUACUGGACCUGUUUCGACAGAAAGUAGCAGAUUGUCGGAUGGACGCGAUUAUGGCUAGUGUGGAUGACCUACUGGAACGACCUUUUACCCUUUCACCUGCUGUCAUGUCCUCACUGUUUAGAAAUCUUCACUGUAUUGGAAGAGGUGACUAUGGCCAGCGGUAUCCUAAACUAUUUUCACGCUAUGUGCCAGGAGUUCUGCCCCCAAUGGUACAGAGUGAUAUUGAAGCGCACAUUACUGAAACGCAUGAGUUGCAGCGCAUUUUGCGGAUACAGGGUGAAGCUGAUGGAGCAGCAGCUGCCACACAGCAGGGUCAGAAGAGGAGGGGUGACGACGAGAACUAUGGCCCGACAUUCUGCGUCGCCAUCGGAAAUCAGGAGCAACCAUCAGUGCUACCAGACGCAUCUAAUUAGUUCACAGCCAUCAGUGGAUCUGUGACAGUGUAACUGCUUCCAUACAUUCUGAUGUUAAGUAGACAACGUGGAGGCAUGGUUGUCACAUGUACUUAACGGUAUGUAUCACUACUUAAUUUAGUCAGUAUUCUCUUUUUUGGGCAUUUGUAAAGUGUAACAUGUACUUCGCAGUAAAGUGUGUAAUAUAAAUUUUAUAGCAGCUUCAGGGUGUAAACUGUGUAUCAACAUUGUGCUUUACCUGAUAUACACAAAUUAUACUCUGUGUGAAAUGUCACAGUGCUUUAAAUUUUUGUCCGGUGUUCAUUUGUCUUCAUUGAAAUUCAACUUGACAAAUUGUACUUGCUUUUGCAUUUUAGACAACAAACUCUUGGCAGUUGUUAUAUAUGUGCUUUUUAAUAUAUCGAAUUGCUUUUAACUGUGUAAUAUCUGCAGUUACCAUUAUUUGUAUAUUUUCUGGUUUCCAUUAUGCCAGUUUCUUGCGUAGUUUGUGCUUCUGUCCUUUUUCUUGGUAUGCCGUCAGUGUGACUAAGGUCAGCAUUAUGUGAAAGUGAUCGUUGUGUGCCAUGCCACCAUGGAAAGUGCCCACACUAUUUACAACUGCAUUAACCUAUAAGAAAUUCUGACACAGCUUCAGAACUGAAAAAUUGUUUUCCUCUUCAUUUCAGUUUUUAGAAGCAGACACUUUUGCAUGUUGGUAAAUCUGGUACUUUAUAGAGAAAAGUUAAAGAUAUGCAUAUGAACUCUUUGUUAUUGUCACCUUGUGUUUUGUGUGUAUAAAUUUUGAUGAAACUUUUAGAAGUAAGAAGUAGUAAUAUUAUUUGGGAUUGGAUUUGAAUGAGUAGUACUGCCAAGAGCUAUAAACUUUGUGAUUUAAGUAUACAGUCAGGUCAUUGAAACUACAGAUGGAGCAGUUCAAAGGAUCUUGCAUUUGCAGGUAACUGUCAGAACCAGUGUAUUUCAUGUGAUUCAUUACACAAUCUGAUGACAAGUUAAUAUGAAGCAGGUGUAGUUGGGUGGUAGUAUGAUUUUAACUGUUUGCUGUCGGUGAAAACGAAAGUCGAACAAGUGUUAGUGAAUAAUCACAAGAUCAUCCAAAUUUAGUUAUCAAAGCAAUAUUUUAUUCUGACAUGUAGUGUAUAUAAUGUUUGAAAUUCAGUAUUAAUUUACUGUAGUUCUAGUCAUAGAGUACUAUAUUUGUUGGAACAGUUCCAUUCAUGAGACAGAUGAGAAAUUAUUAUAAAAUUUGAGUCAAAAAUCACUUGGUAAAUCAGGAUUUGAAGAAGCAGGCUGAAUACAGCUAGUUAAAUAUAGGGUCCAGUGGAAAAGUCUUGUGAACAUGGUUCCAUAAAAGCCAGGGAAUUUCUUGGCCAAAUGAGCAACAGUCAGUUUCUGAAGAUGAACUGUUCUUCGCGGAGUUAAGCCGGUAAUAAAAGGUGUGCUAUUCCAUGUGGUGGAAUUGUUCUCGACAUAACAGCAGAAGAGUUAAGAGUUCACAAUGAUGCAUGAUGAAGACAUUCAUGCAGAUCAUUAAUUUUUAAUAUCCUCAAAUAAAGCUUUGUGUUCUGUCUA